AUGAUUAUGUCAAAAAGAUAUACUGCAUUGAGAAGCAAAGUCGGCAAGAAGUUUAUAUAUGCGAAAGCAGACGAGUGGAAGUCGUGGGUGUCGGUGUAUUCUCCCGUGACAUUGAAGUCGGUAAUCCCCUCAUUCUAUUUCAAUAACUGGGUCAGUUUUGUUCAUGCCUGCCAUUACCUUGUAAAGCCCAGUAUUUCAUCCAAUGAUAUUAAUACCGCCCAUAGACAUCUCGUACAAUUUUGUGAAGAAUGCAACACUCUAUACACUACCACAAUUCUCUCAUGUAACAUGCACCUACACCCACACCUCCACGUCCGUGAACCUAUUCUAGAUUUUGAACCAGUGUGUGGUUAUUGGCUCUUUGGGCCCGAGAGAUACAAUGGCCUACUUAAGAAUAUCAGUACCAAUGGUAAAAGCAGCCAUGAGGUUACGUUCAUGGGCUGCUUCCUUAAAUAUAUUUACAAGGACGACUUUACCAAGACAAAACCUCUCCCACCUACACCCUUCUUACUUUUAAUUAGUAACCCUUCUUCAAUAAGUGAUAUUAAUUAUACCCAUUUGUUGGCAUACUCCAAAUUCGGAUACCUCACCCUCAAUAUCGUCCAUUACCACAAUUCCGCUUCUCCAUUAUUUUCCGAUGAUCAAAUCACAAAGUUGAAAUCAAUCGACGUCCUUGGCCAAGUGUCCUAUGGUAAUAACGGCACCACUGGUCAUGAAUCAUAUUUGCAAUCGUUGUUUCUUGGCAAUAGAUCACGAGAUAAAGAUGGAGUUGAAAUUUGUGGAUCACCACUUUCACCAUGA